CUGUCUUGGUCGCUACGGGAAGCGGCCAGGCGCAUCAGACGAUAACAAGUACUUUUUAUCAAUUAUCAUUAUCGGGCUCGGCACACCAUACCAGAUCAAACCCGACCCCAGUUUAAAUCCAUGGGGAACUCGAACCGCAGAGUUUGAUUUUAUAACGACCCCUCGCAUCUCAACAUCCCACGACUAGCCCGGAGCACUGGAACACCCCGCCGACACGCACAGCGCAGUCCCCGACUGCCAAUUACCGGCCAUGUCUCGGAGCAUUGCCCAGACCCCGUACGAGGAGCGGCAAUCGACUCACCCCUUGAGCGCGUACCUGUACCGUCUCAUGGUCGUCAAGGAGAGCAACCUCUGUCUCUCCGCCGAUGUCUCGAGCGCGCGCACCCUGCUGCGCCUAGCGAACUCGAUCGGCCCAUCGAUCGUGGUCCUCAAGACGCACUACGACAUUGUCAGCGACUGGGACUCGGACGUCGAGACCGGCACCGGCGCACAACUGGCGGCGCUGGCCGCUAAGCACGGCUUCCUCAUCUUCGAGGACAGGAAGUUCAGCGACAUCGGAUCGACGGUGCAGAAGCAGUAUACCGACGGACCGGGGAAGGCGGUCGAGUGGGCGCACAUCACGAAUGCGCAUAUCCUGCCCGGCGCAGCGAUUGUGUCUGCGCUGGCCGAUGCCGCGAGCGCGUGGCGCGAGAAGAAGAAGUACGAGGUCAAGACGGAUAUUACGGUCGGAACACCAAGGCCAGAGAGUCUGUCCGAGGACGAUGAGGGCAAGGAUGACGAGGACAUCAAGAAUUUGAAGGCGCUUCAGGCACGUCGCAAGGCGAGCAUUGUCUCGAUCACUACCGUUUCGCAGUCUUACGAACCCGCGAACUCACCACGCGCGCCUAUCCCAGAGUGCGAGGAGGACGUCAUCUUCUCCAAGAUUGAGGAGGCGCCGCUCGAUCGCGGUCUGCUUCUCCUGGCCCAGAUGUCCAGCGCUGGGAACCUGCUCGACGAGGCAUAUGCGAAGGCUUGUGUAGAGAUCGCGAGGAAUAACAAGGACUUUGUGAUGGGCUUCAUUGCGCAGGAAACGCAAAACACGGCCGCUGACGACCAGUUCAUCACGAUGACUCCUGGCUGCCAAUUGCCCUCGGGCGAGGAGCAGCGUGCCAACAGUGACGGUCUUGGGCAGCAGUAUAACACCCCGAAAAAACUGAUUGGAGAGAAGAGCGUGGAUAUCAUUAUUGUCGGUAGGGGCAUUAUUGGGGCGGCGGAUCCGGUUACGGAGGCGGAGCGAUACAGGAGGAAGGGGUGGGAGGCUUAUACGGCUAGGAUUAGUGCCUGAAAUCUCUCUGAUACGAUUUUAUUUGAAGAUUUGCUAUGGAUGCAUAUUGGUCUUUGGAAUUAUGGCGUAGAUUGCGUUAAAAAGUGCCUCCUCGCGGCUCUCCGCCAUGGCUAAGGGCGUUUGGGACUGUGAUGAGUUGGGCACAGUGUUUUAAACGGGAUGAUAGAAAUUGGUUGGAUACUUGCAUGAGCUGCAACGGUAAAUGAAUAAUUUACAAAAUCAAAUUAUUAAUCAG